AUGGACCGCCGAUCUCGGACGACUGAUACCUUCCAAAGCUAUAACACUCUGACUUCCUCGAGCUAUGAACCUGCGCGCUUGGGAAAGAGGAAGAAGGCGCCGACGUACGAAGUCGAAACAAUACCAGAUACCGAGAUUGUUCAGAUCACCCUUCUGAGGAGCGACGGCGACAUAUCACGAUGGCCCAGCGAUGCGCAAACCACACGGAAAGUGGACGACUAUGGUCACGUAGACUAUUUCGUGAAAGCCAGUGAUAAAGAGCUGAAGUUAUGGAGAAAGAAGAUAGGGCGCUUUCUGGCUGCCUAUCCUCUUCGCGCGGACGGCCUGUCCUUGGACCCAGCUCAAUGCUACUUAAAGUCGUUCCCGCCUGGGUAUAUCCUAAUGACUCGUCUGUCUGGCGACAAGGAUGUACCUCGACGUGAUUGUUAUCUCUAUGGUGGGAAACGAAGGUACGAGUCACCAGCAGAAUGGUGUCUCCAUGCCAAGUGGCUCGUGGAAGAUUGUCCUAUGAAGCCCUCAGGCAGCCGGAGGCAGUGCGAAUGCAUAGAUUGCGACGGCACAGUCCCACAAAGUACGCUAUCGGGGAAAUACAACCUCAAUGCUGUAGACGACACACGAGGAGGGCGAAAACAGAAAAAGGGCGGGAGAAAGAAGGAGAAUGUGGAUCGCCCAAUCAUUGCGAAGGAUUACACCAAGAUGAACCAUCCAACCGUGCAGAUCUUCCCUUCUGUGAGCGGAAGCUCUCUUCCCGGAGGCUGA